AUGCUUAAUAUGCAUUCAUUAAAUUUAACUUUAAAUUGGUUAUGCAAUGUGGCCAAUUUUCCAAACGUUCAUCGAAGGCUUCUAAUAUUUGCAUUUGAUCGUUUAACUUAUAGCACAAUUCGGACAAUAUGGCCAGAAAUUAAAGUUAUCUUUUGGCCAUUACCACAAAUGCAUUUACCAUUUCAAAAAGGCAGUGAUCGUUAUCAAAUGUUAUAUUAUUUUCGUGCAAAAUUAUGCACAUAUUUGGCUAGCAUUAAUCGUGAUUUCUGGAUGAUUGAAGCAGAUACUUAUUGGCGUAAAAAUUUAUUCGAAAUUAUAAAUACACGUCAGAUGUUAGAUUUAAAUGGAAAUUUACUUUUUGAUCAGGAAGGUGACAGAGGAUUAUUGGCUAAAAUGAUUGCUGGUGGUUAUUUUUUUGUUAAAGCAGGCAUCAAAUCAGAAUGCUUUUUUAAAGAACUUUCAAGACAAUUGGAAAAUUAUUAUGCUACAGAUAAUAAUAUUAUGGGAGCAUUGUGUUUUACAAAAUAUUGUAGUAAUCAAUGUGCAUUCAUACCUUACAGUUUAGUUAGUAACUGGCGAUGGCAUUGGAGUAACAAAACAUAUAUUCCAGCAUUACUGCAAUUUGAUGGUGGUUCAAGUUCAAAACAAAAAUUUGAUAAUAUGAAAAAUCUUGGAGCAGAAUUUGUUAAUAUUACCAAAAUUAGGCAAUAUUAUCAAGCAAAAUGCUUUAUGCAUAAGAUACUAACACCAGAAAAUGCCAUACCGGAAUGGCGUUUGAAAGCAGAAGAAAAUGAUAUCACGAAAAAACAACAAUUAAUCGUUUUUAUUCAUCAAAUUUGUGAAUGGUUAAAUGAAAAAAUACCAAAAUUUGAUUAUAUUUUACAUGUGUACAUAUUUCCUUACUAUUCUUACUAUAUUCUAUAA